AUGGCUGCUACAAAACGACCAAAUUUCCUGAUCAUAGUUGCCGAUGACCUUGGCUUCAGUGACAUCAAGCCCUAUGGCUCCGAGGUCGACACACCCGUCCUGGAUCGUCUGUCCAAGGACGGCAUCCGCAUGACAAACUUCCACACGGCGCAGGCAUGCUCUCCCACGAGAUCCAUGCUCCUGUCCGGCACAGACAACCACAUCGCCGGGCUCGGCCAAAUGGCCGAGUUUGCCAAGAUGAAGAAGAAGCUCACUGGCAAGGACCCCGAGUACGUCGGCAAGCCGGGGUACGAAGGCUACCUCAACUGGAGAGUGGCUGCGCUGCCCGAGAUCCUCGCGGACGCUGGCUACCUGACCAUCAUGUCUGGGAAGUGGCAUCUGGGCAUGACGCCCGACGUGUCGCCAAGCGCGCGAGGCUUCAAGAAGAGCUUUGGGUUCUUGCCCGGGUGCGGCAACCACUUCAACUAUGAGCCGCAGUUUGAUACAGACGAGGACUCGAUGCUCCUCACCUCUGACGGGUUCUGGAUGGAGAAUGAAAAGCCCAUUGAUAGAAAGAAGGACUUGCCCGAGGAUUUCUACUCGACCAAUUUCUUCACGGACAAGCUCAUCGAUAUGCUGGCAGACAGGACCGACGAGGAGAAAGAGCAGCCAUUCUUCUCGUACUUGGCCUACACGGCACCCCACUGGCCGAUGCAGGCGCCUCAGGAAGUCGUGGACAAAUAUCGGGGGAAGUACGACAACGGACCGGACAAGCUCAGGCUUGAUCGCCUCUCCAAAUUGAAAGCUCUUGGCCUCGUAGCACCCGACGUAGAAGCUGCCGACCCCGUUGGCUUCGAGGCCGGCGUGAAAUGGGAAGACCUCACAGACCACGAGCGAGCGGUAUCCUCAAGGAAAAUGGAAGUCUACGCCGCCAUGGUGGAUCUGCUCGAUCAGAACAUCGGCAGGGUAGUCGAUGCGCUCGAGGCGUCUGGCGAACUCGAAAACACCUUCAUUCUGUUCAUGUCGGACAAUGGUGCCGAAGGAUCCACGCUGGAAGCAGCCCCAUUAUUGUCGUCGUUCAAAACACUAGGUGAUCUGAUUGCAGCUUACUACGACAACAGCCUCGAGAAUAUCGGCAGGCAUGACUCGUACGUCUGGUACGGCUCGCGCUGGGCGUGCGCCGCCACGGCCCCCUCGCGCGGCUUCAAGGGAUGGUCGACUGAGGGAGGCAUCCGCUGUCCCUGCCUCAUUCGCUUCCCGCCAUUCUCAGCCGCGCCAGAUGCCAUUUCGCAUUCUUUCACGACAGUCAUGGACAUUCUCCCCACCAUCCUCCAGCUCGCCCAAGUGCAGCAUCCCGGGACGACCUUCCGAGGUCGUGAGGUCGUCGAGCCCCGUGGGAAGUCUUGGGUAAAUCAUCUCGUCUCGCCCAGUGACCACCCUGCAGUUCAUGAGGAUGCCAGACACAUCCACGGCUGGGAGCUAUUUGGCAAUCGCGCAAUCCGUAGAGGCAACUGGAAAGCCAUUCUGUUGGCAAAACAGGGCGGCGAAGGCUGGGAGCUGUACAAUGUAGAGGACGACCCGGCCGAGCAGCAUAACCUAGCAGAGACGCGCCCCGAGGUUCUGGAGGAAAUGCUUGUACAUUGGGCUACGAAAACACGGACCGGCUGCCUGGCCUGUAAAGCUAGGAAAGUCAAGUGCGACGAGGCAAUCCCGUGCACUGCCUGUGUCCGCCGCGGCUCCGUCUGCAGUCUGAAAGCCCAGGAAAGGUCGCGUCGCAGCCGGACACAAUCACCUCGCGACCAAUCGACGACACCGGCUCCGCCUACCCAGCAUCUGCCUCUGAUUGCUCCAUUGCCAGUGGAUAGGUUGGCUGCCGAGGAUAGGGCGCUGUUGGACCACUGGCACAUGGUUGCGUUCAAGAGCGUUGUGACCCAGCAAGAUGCUCAAGAUCUGUGGCAGAACGAGGUCACGCAUCUCGCCCUCGACCAUCCGGUUAUCCUGAAUCUAGUGCUGGCCAUUUCAUCCUUCGAACAAGCGUACACUGCCCACUACCCAUCCACUGAGCUGAAGGCAAAUCGCCGGCGGCGAGAUGUAUGCGCCCAUCGAGGGUUCAAAUACUCUCAGAAUGCCGUCGCGAUGAUGAGGCACACGGUGUCCAAGGCGAAUCGGGAAAACGGUGCCAUGUGCCAUCUCGCUUCCAUACUCACCCUCAUCAGCUCCUAUGCGGAAGGCUGCCUCAAGGAGCUUCUGCGCGACGAGAAGCAGCCUCCAUCCAUGCUGCAAGACCUCCUCGUGACCUGCAAGCUCACAAGAGGAUCCAAGGCCAUCGCGGACACCUUUGGCGUCAUCCGCCCUGAGCGGCGGGAAAAGGUCUUGUUCGUCAGCGAGGCAGAACCGCCAGAAAAUGGCCCCCUGGAUCCGAUACUGCGCCUGCUCGACUCCCUGGCGUUUCUCAACGACGAGAAGGAUCCCGCGGGUAGCUUCAACUUUAUCCAUGCCAUCCAAAGCACACUUGACAAGGUCACGUGUUUCGUUGACUGGGCCUUUAUCUGA